AUGACAGCUCAAAUGCCGCGGACAUUUCAGGACCUUGCUGCGAAUGGCUCAAUAGAAAGCUGGAUUUUCGGAGGUCGCGACAAGAGUGCGUCCACGGGUACGACCGCCCCCGCCAAGGAAAACCCCACCCUGCCGCCGCCCGCCAACUCGGGCUCGGAGCCUUCCCCAAUCAUCAGUGACAUUUUGCCCCCCCGAACCGCAACCCAUAGCCCGGCAGUCCAAUUUGCCCCAACUGCACAGGGAGAUGCCGGCCUCAAAGGUACAAAGUAUACUACCGAUGCUGAAAGGAGAAAAGCCAUCUCUGAAGCUUUGAAACGACGACGCACUUCGGGAGCCAAUGACCAAAGCCAUGGCCAGCACAAAAAGUUGCAAACGGGCAACUUUCAACCCACAGUUAUAUCACCCGUCCCUCUGCCGACCUAUGUCUCUGCUCAAGAUCAGUCCCGUCCCACUGUCUCUGCACCAGCACCAGCAUCAUCGUCGUCUACUUCGGAGACUUCUGAUGUCGAGAUGAUGGACCAGUUGGACCCUGUUUUCCCACCAGAAAACAUCCCGGACGACAGUAACGAUGGUGACUGGGAAGAGGGGUCGCAAGUAGGUGAGGUCUCUAUCGUCACAAACCCCGUAAACAGCCAGGUUCAGGCCGAGGCCGCCGAAGUAGCAAAGGUCGAACCGCACGCCCUAGACCUCACUCCAUCCGGACGACCCUACUUGCGUUGGAAUAAUGAGUCUAUGUACGGUACCACUAUACCAGAUGGAUAUGAGUGGUCCUCGGCUCGUCCUGGCUUUCCCUGGAUCUGCCCUGUUCGAUCGUGUCGGAAGCUUUUUCCUGCCAUAAAGCAGCUAGGUGGACAUUUCGUCCGUCAACAUCGAGGUUCCCUAUUGCACGACAAUAUGGACGGAACUCUCUCGGUACGAGGACAUUAUGCCAAACUCCGGGAUGGUGAAGGUCAAGCUUCGGGUGCCAAACCGAAACCGGGCAUUGUGGUCUCGGUAGGAGCUUUGGACCCGUCUGAACCUCCAAUGGUCGCUCCCUCGCUACCGGAACAAGGACACGGACGAUACGAUGUCGACAACAGCCAGCCUCCAUCGGGAGCUGGAAGCGAAUAUAGUGGUGCCCAGAGUCCUAUGACCAGUCUUGCCAAAACUUCUCCGACCGUUUCAUCUUCUGACGGCUUCGAGUUUGCUUCACCGGGAAGAAGGUACACGGAAUGGGAUGAUGACAACGGAGACCCUAGAUCGCUAUGCGGAGUCAUGAUUCCUGCUGGAUAUACUGAGCGUUCGGGACCGAGACCGUUCCCGUGUCCUAUCAGAAGCUGCGAGACAAAGUGUAUAAAGGUGAAGGAUCUGGGUUUUCAUUUCUCGGUACGUCUCCUGGCUGGUGAACGCUCCCAUUAUGCGAGUUAUCUCAAAGACAACGGAGAUGGGAGCUUUGAUCUCGUUGGUGUAUAUGCCCCCAAGCGAGGCAACAUUGGCCCAAGCGGCAAGAUCCUUCACCCGCGCCCCUCGAUUGUUGUCGCCAAAACGCGGCCCGAUGGGUCGGUUGAGUGGGCGGCGAACUGGUGGGUCUUGCGGCAUCAUAUGUUGUCUGCUACUGCUGCUGCCGAUGUGCCCGUGGGCGAUGAAGCACUGGCUAAUCGGAGUUGGCCGCCAAAAAGCACCUGGGAUCAUUUGGAGGCGGAAGAGAAAACUAGUCAGGGGGCGGUGGCAGAAGAGAACGCCAGUCGGAUGGCGGCGGAGCAGCAGAGGGCAGCGGAACGGCAGAGGGCAGCGGAACAGCAGAGCCCGGCGGAACCAAUGGCCAAUGUGAUGGCAGGAAGGCCACUUAGAAGAAUACCGGGAACCAACCGGGUUCAUAUGAAUGUUUGGCUCCCGGGGGUUAAGACGCCCGGGGCUAUGAGGAAGGAACAACAACAACAAUAUCGUAUGCACACACUGAGAUGGUCGGAUGUGCAUCAAAGGCCCGUGCCACCGCGUCCAAAGUCUCCACAAGCUGCGCAGGCUACAGCCCAGGCUCAGCAGGUUGUUCCACAGGCCCCUCAGGUCUCGCAAGCUGAACGGCCGGCGGAUAUUGCGCGCGACGCUGCCGUGGAGGGGGUUGAGGAAGAACAUGAGGGUGUUUCCACUCGGUACAAGCUGAGGGCGCGGACUUCUGAGUCGGGACUUUUCCACCCACAGGCGCCGCCCCCAGCUCCACCAGAAACUGAUGAGUCUAUCCCAGAAGAACCAGCCCCACCACCACCCAUCGUAAAACACCAGCGGCGGCAACCCAAAAGCCGCAUUUUGGAAGGUAUACCAUCAUCCAACGGUGUCCAAACCACGGGCUUCGUCAUCGCGGAGCAAGUUUUGGAAAUGGAAGACUGGGAGGUUGCGCCGGGGCGGAUCAGGGAGAUGGACCCCAAAUCCGAGAGCAUUGCCUUUUCCAAGUCUUUUCUUUCGAGCACGCAUGCUGUGGAGGUGUGCGAGGAUGUGGCUUUCCGGGUGGAUGUUAUCAGGAGCGGUCAGACUUUCAAGAUCGAGGGGGAGGAGAACCAGAUCAGGCUGGUGUCGCUUGCUUCGGGGAAGUUGAGGGUCAAGAUUGGGGAGGAGCCUGAGUUUGUGAUGGGGCCGCAUGGGAUGUUCAAGGUCAAGGCGGGGGCGAGGUGUACGGUGAGGAACAGGAUGUAUGUGGAGGCUAUUAUUCAUACGACGGUUUUGAAUGGGUUUUCUUGA